UUUGCCUUCCGAUGCCAGGCAUCUAUUCCUGUCUGUAGUAGAGAGACGACAGCACAAACUAUAAAACCAACUGAAAUGAAACAAAACCUCUGGCUGUUUCUUCUAUGGGCUGCAGUGUUAAGCGCUACCAGCCACAACAAAGAUGGAAAACAUGAAGAGAUGCCACUGGACGUGUUGGCCCUCACAGAGAGAAACAACGACUUCGCCAUGACUCUCUACAAGGAGAUCGCCAGCUCUCACGACCACAAUAUUUUCUUCUCCCCACCUUGCCUGGCAUCGGCCUUUGCUAUGCUGUCUCUUGGUGCUGGGGGCAAAACGCACAGCCAGAUUCUCAAAGCUCUCAAUCUUCACCAGCUGAAGGACACUGAGCGGCCAUAUCUCAUCCCAGAACUGUUUCUGAACCUGAAGCGAAACCUCAGCAGCAACCCGGACCUGGUGAUCAACCAGGACAGCUCCAUCUUUGCCAGCAGUAGCAUGGAACUUCAGGAGGGCUUUGUCAAUGAUACCAAGGAGUAUUUUGGUGCAGAAGUCCUGAAGGUCAAUUUUUCGGAGUCUCAGAACGCCAAAGCUGAGAUCAACCAGUACGUAUCCAAAAUGACCCAAGGGCGGAUCGAGGCACUUCUGGAGAGUGUUGACCCACAGACCAAGCUGAUGAUGUUGAAUUCCAUUUUCUUUAAAGGUAAAUGGAAGCAGCCAUUCAAUGCAAGCGACACAGAGGAAAGCCGAUUCUACGUGAACAAAUACAAAGUGGUGAGAGUGCCCAUGAUGUACAAGAGUGACCGAUUCCAGAUGGCCUACGACUCCACCCUGAAGCUAGUCAUUCUCAAGCUGCCCUACAGAGGAAAUGCAGCCAUGUUAGUUCUGCUUCCAGAGAAGGAUGUGGACCAUGACUCCAUCGAUGAGGAGAUCUCAGCUAAACACCUCACGGGAUGGCUGAAGAAACUCAAAUCAAUAAAACUGGAGGUCUUCCUCCCUCGGUUCAAGCUGGAGCAGUCCUACAAAAUGCACAAAAUUCUGCCCCGCCUCGGGAUUACGGAUGUGUUCACCGAAUUGGCCGACCUGUCCCAUAUCGCCGACAACAGGCACCUGAAAGUGUCCGAGGUUAUCCACAAAUCAGCCCUGGAGGUAGACGAGAGAGGGACAGAGGCGGCCAGCGCCACGGCAACCGGCAUCACUGGAUACUCCCUGCCCCCCACCUUCAAGGUGGACCGACCUUUCCUCUUCUUGAUUUACCACGAAAUCACCAACUGCUUGCUGUUUAUGGGCCGAGUUGUUGACCCCACGGAGAAGUGAGCUGCGUGUUUGGGUCCUCAAGGUUUUUGCUCUGAAUCGAUUAAGAUGAUAAUUAAAUUUUUUAAGAUGUAGCUUCCUGUCAGUGAGGAAGACUUGAUUGGUAUGAGUACCCAGGCAAUUAGAACUGUAAUGGAAAGAAUUAAGUAAUGAUCAUCAGUCAGGCCACCAAUGUUGUUCGCUGUAGUCGACCUUCUGUGCUUGUAAUCUUCUAUGCCUGGUCUUACUUUAAUGAUGUAGGAAUGCGUCCAUUUAACAAAAACACAAAUAAAGUGAUUUUACAUCUCUGUCA